UUGGUGCGGUCGCGGUGGUCCUCUCGCUCCGAUCUCGCCGGUGUCGGUGUUUGUCGAUUCCUUCUAACGCUAUCUCCGGCACGAGUCGAACUGAUCCGGUGUGGUACCGAUUGUGGCGGCGACGGUGGCGAAAGCUAUCAGUCGUUCCAGCGUCCUAAAGAGAUCGGCAGCACAAGCGCGAACGCGGGUUGACAGUUUCGUAUUUAGCUGGCCCCCCAACAACAGUUGAUCUCAUCAUCGUCAUCGUCGUCGUUGUCGUCUGCUGUGAUCGAGCGUGAUUCAACUGGCCUGGGGUACAGAGCAUUUGUGGCCAUUAAGCGCGGCAAAUUGACGCCGUCACUGGACCAACGAACAGAGUGGUGGGUGGCGUGUAAUCUACUAUCUGGCCAUUGUUAACACAGGUGACACACCAGAGAUUCUGCAGCAAUUGUCUGUUCAGCUGCUUCGGAAAACUAUACCGAAUCGAUCCCUAAGUAACGGGCCAUCAUCAUACCGCCCUUUUGUCGCUGUGUAAGUGUGAACCUAACGAGAAACAAACAAGUGAAAAUAUUCUCGGCAGAUUGGAUAGCAUAGCCGGUGUGGUGCGAGUUGCCAGAUAUUACCACGACGCACGGUGCCGAGUUAAGUAACGAGCUAAUUUUGCUGCCAAAAGUGCUCCCGCUGUCACACACGCUGAGGCGACUACGGAGAAGCCGAAAAGCAGCAUCUCUGCUCCCCGUUUUCUAGUGCAGCUUCCUCUAUCGCUCUCUCUCUCGUUGUUGAUGAGCGUCGUAAUUGUGCAUCACCGGCAAAGUUCGUGAAUUUAUGUGCAGUGUGUUUGUGCGGCUUAUUGCGUGAUUCUCUCGUUGUUGUUGCUGCCGUUUCGUAGCGGAACAAAGACUAUCAACGGCGAACGGGAAGCAACCCUUUUUUCCCGGUUCCCCUAUCUGCUAUCCCCAAGGAUUCGCACACGGCGACCGCGUUCCUUUCUCUUCGCAUCGUGCGCCGCGCAGAUGCGUCACCGCGUUACCAAGGUUACCGACGAGGGCGAUCCUCCCAUCCCGUCUGUGUCGUGCGUGUCGUUGUACUGCCUAUAGAAAGCCGCUGUACAAGGCAAAGGCAAAGGGCGGCCAGCUUCGUGCCGUGGAACUAGGGAAGGUGAUUCCGUGAAAACGUAAAUUCGCGUGCAAAGAACCGGGCGCAAGCGGCUUGACGGACUGAUUUAUGUUGCAAUCGGCAUCGCUCGGAGUGCAGGCUCGAGCUGCUGCUGAUACGGAGAAAGAAGCCACCUACCAUCAGCUGGGGCCAGUGAUCGGUAGUAACGGCCAUCACCUGAACGACACGCCAAGUGUCACCAAAGUCAGCAAAUCAGCAUACAGCACUGCCCGUAAACCGACCACUACCAUGCUCGUGAAGGAGUUCUGCAAUCGGCGAUGCAUUCUGACAUCAGCCGGACUGCUGCUGAUCGCCAGCGGUACCUUCUUCAUACUGUUCUUCCCGAUCAUCUUCACCGAUAUACUGCAUGAGGAGCUGAAACUACGGCCAAACUCGCGAGGAUAUGAUGCCUGGGUGUCGCCACCGUUCCCGCUGGCGAUGGACGUGUACUUCUUCAACUGGACCAACCCGGAAGACAUUACAAACCAUUCGACGAAACCCAUUCUCGAGGAGCUGGGUCCGUACCGGUUUAUCGAGCAUCCGACGAAGGUUGAUAUCCAGUGGCACGAUGCCAACUCUACGGUGAGCUUCCGGAAGAAGAGUAUCUAUUACUUCGACGAGGAGGGUAGCAAUGGCAGUCUGGAUGAUAUGAUCAGUACCAUCAACAUAGUGGCCGUGUCGGCUGCUAGCAAAGCUAAAUACUGGGGCUACCUGAAGCAGAAGGGCGUCUCGAUGGGAUUCUCGCUGUACGAUCAGCAGAUCAACGUGGUAAAGACGGCGGGCGAACUGCUGUUUGAUGGCUACGAGGAUAACAUGGUGCUGAUGGGCAAACACAUGUUCCAGGAUGUCGAGAUUCCGUUCGAUCGUGUCGGAUGGUUCUAUACGCGUAACAAUUCGGCCGAUCUGAUUGGACACUACAACAUGCACACGGGAGUCGAUGAUAUCACGAAACUAGGCUCAAUGGCCGAAUGGAACUAUAAACCGAGGACCGACUUUUUCGAGGAUGGAUGCGGUAUGCUAAACGGAUCCGCCGGUGAGCUCUAUCCACCAGGACUCAGCAAGGAACAGCCGGUUGAGCUGUUUACGCCCGAUAUGUGCCGAACACUACCGCUCGAUUUCGAGGAGGAAGUAACCGUGCACGGAGUGAAGGCGUACAAGUACUCUGGUGCUGAGCGUGCCGUUGACAACGGGACACUAUUUCCUGAGACCGCUUGUUUCAGUAGCGGUGAGAUCGUACCGUCCGGUGUGUUGAACAUUUCCUCCUGCCGCUUCGGAACGCCUGUGUUCGUAUCCUUCCCGCACUACUACGGUGCCGAUCCGUACUAUUUGGAUCAGGUUGAGGGACUUUCACCGUCGAAGGAGAAGCAUCAGUUCUUCAUGUCACUGGAACCGACUACCUCCGUACCGCUGGAUGUUGCUGCAAGACUUCAGCUGAACAUUAUGAUCGAACCGUACGAGUAUGUGGGCAUCUUUUCCGGCGUGAAGCGUGUCUUUCUACCGGUACUGUGGUUCGAGCAGCACGUCAUAAUGCCACCGGAGCUUUCGGGAGAGAUCGCAUUCGCACUGACCAUCCCUUCGAUCGUACGGGUGAGCGGUAUCGUAAUGUGUGUCUGUGGUAUUGCGAUGCUGUUCUGGAUUCCACUGGAACGCAUGAUCUUCCGGGGGAGACGCGUCGUGGCCAUCGGAAACAAACCACCCCCAUCCGGUGCGUUCAACGGUGUUCAUGCCUUUACCAACGGUGCCGAGAAGGGUUUGCUGCAUGCGACGGAGAAAAAUGGAAAGCCAUUAACGACGCUGCUACUGGAGAAACCAGAGAAGCAGCCACUACCGGAGUGCGUCGGUGAUAGACGCGCGGAAGCGGAAUGCUUUCCGCUGAUCGAUGGUAAGAGUGCAACGAUUGUGAAAUCGUGAAGCGGCUCGUACCAGCAGCUCCCGGUUGGCCGGUGGUAACCUCUCUAAAUUGUGCAUUUAUCACAAACCAACACGAGCUUAUCAAGGAUGUCGUUUGGUAGAGAUUGUAAUGAGAUUCCAUGGUCCCACCUUGCCCAAUCAUCACCACGACCAAUAGCACCAUACGUUUUUUGAGGUACGUUCGAUGCGAGCUACUGCAAAUUGACUGAAUUAGCCGAGCGUUUAGGAUAGAGGAUAGCGAAAAGGUAAACCGGUGACGAACCAAACGGAGUCAGUUCUACGUUUUGGGAAGACUAAAAAGCAAUUCGCGAGGUCUAGUGACUUUCUCUAGCAGCGGUCUCUGCUUAUAUAGCACGUUACGAUGGUGUGAUAGGAAGAGUUCUCAAGUGUAAAGUUAACCAGAAUGCCAACUAGCCUUCCAGCAAUGUCGAAGCAGCCGCAAGGAGAUAAAACCCGGGUGUGAACUUCGACUAGGGGGAGCCUAUUCUCCCAUAUUUGCAUGUUUCCAGUUUUAGUGUUUAAGCUAAGGUAUGAAUUCCAUGAGCGAACGCAAAUUCUAAAACGAAGCUACUUCCAAUACCUUCAUCCUGCUUGGUGCGAACGUAGAGAGUGAGGCCGGAACCGGAAUCACGACCCACCGCAAAGAACGGAAGAGCGUUUAGCUCUUACCUUCCUCAACCAGACAUCAAGAAGGUCAGCAACUAAAUUUACCUUUUCGGUACAACAAAUCUCGAGACAAACGUUUAACACAUUCGAUUCUAGUUCGUAAGCAGCAAUCAUAGCUUAGGAUUUCGUUAUCGAUGAGAACUGCGAUGAGGCCAAAGGAUUUUAAAUCACUUCUACCCCCUUCCCCAGUCCUGCCCUACACAGUUAGCUUAAGAUUAGAAGCGCUGGAGCUUUAGAGCCAUUUUAGUAGCAUUCCCUCUGUGUUGAUGCCGUUUCGUCGCGAACGGUCGCACAUCCGGCCACUGUUUACCCUCAAGAACCCAUAACCCAUUUGUAUGCGGGAAUGUCCCCUUCCCGCUCCCCACCGUGUCAUCUCAUGUGAUGUUCUUGUACAACGUGAUACGGUGGACAAUGACUGGUGGUGAUGAGUGAUAUCAUAGAAAGCGCCAGGCUCUAGGGGGUCCAGAAUAUGCCAGAAUUGCCUCAUAAAACGGUUACGUCCACUUAUUAACCCGGUACCGGAAGUGUACACCAGUGCCUCAAUGUAUGUCACCAGAUUUUUUUUUAGUGCGUAAAACAUUGAAUGACGAAGCAAUGGAUGGAAGGGGGUACGGGUACGCAAGACAGCGAACUCGUAGCUAGGCGUUAGUGCAUGGUAGUUGUUAAUCGUAACUGCUAAGGAUCAGCACACUCAUUCUCUUGUGAGGACUUCACUGCAUGUGUAAUCAAGAAUACAAAAAAAAAGGACAGUAAUAUAGGAACACUGUUGUGUAUGCGUGCCAGUAAUUGUGUUGUGUUGUGG